AGACUCAGGAGCAGUUCCUAGGGUCAAUCCUACAGAACAGCAAACACAUCAGCUUUAGUGGCCAGAGAGCAAAGAUUACAGGGAGACCGAGAAGCAAAGAAAACAAGAGAAAGAUAUUAUGGAUGUACCACUGGGAUCAAAGAUCAGCAUUGUUAGGAGCAGGAGAGUAGUAACUGGCAACACGAUUUCUCCAGCUGAUAUAAUCAUCAAAGAUGGCAAGAUCGUGGGCAUCCAGCCAUGGGGGAAGCAGUCGAUAACUGUGGGAUCACAGCUUCUGGAUGCUGGUGACCUUGUGGUCAUGCCUGGAAUUAUUGAUCCUCAUGUUCAUGUUAAUGAGCCAGGGCGUACUGACUGGGAGGGCUACAGUACUGCCACAAGGGCGGCAGCUGCGGGAGGCAUUACAACAAUAGUGGACAUGCCAUUAAAUAGCCUGCCACCAACCACCUCUGUAAGUAAUUUUCUCACCAAACUAAAGGCUGCUGAGGGGCAGUGCUUUGUAGAUGUUGCAUUUUGGGGAGGUGUUAUUCCUGGUAACCAGUUGGAACUGGUACCAAUGUUGCAUGCUGGUGUAGCUGGAUUUAAGUGCUUUCUAAUAUCCAGUGGAGUGCCCGAGUUCCCUCAUGUUAGCCUUAUGGACCUGCAUUCCGCUAUGUCAGAGCUUCAGGGGACCAACAGUGUUCUUUUGUUUCAUGCUGAAUUUGAUGAUCCCUCAAGAGCCCCAACGAACGGAGACCCAAUGCAAUAUGAAACAUUCCUUGCCUCUCGCCCCCCUCACAUGGAAGUUGCAGCAGUGGAAGCAGUGGCCAAUCUAUGCUUACAGUAUAAAGUUCGCUGUCACAUUGUGCACCUCUCAUCAGCAAUGGCUCUCCCAAUCAUCAGAAAGGCCAAAAAAGCUGGGGCACCUCUAACUGUAGAGACUACACAUCACUACUUAACACUGAGCGCUGAGAAAAUCCCACCUGGGGCCACAUACUUCAAGUGCUGUCCCCCUGUUAGAGAACACAGCAACAAGGAGGCACUCUGGAAUGCCCUCUUGCAGGGCCAUAUUGACAUGGUUGUAUCUGACCAUUCUCCUUGUACACCUGAUCUCAAACUCUUGCAGGAUGGAGAUUUUCUUAAAGCUUGGGGGGGUAUUUGCUCAUUACAGCUUGGAUUAUCUCUUUUCUGGAGCUCUGCAAGAAGUCGUGGUUUCAGCCUGCUGGAUAUACCCCGCUUACUGAGCAGUAACCCAGCCAAGUUGUCUAGUCUGGAUGGUAGAAAAGGGGCCAUUAAGCCAGGCUAUGAUGCUGAUUUGGUUAUUUGGGAUCCUGACAAGGAAUAUCAGGUGCAUGAAGCAAGCCUUCAUCACAAGAAUAAGCUUACACCAUACCUGGGAUUUCAACUGUGUGGAGAAACUGAAGCAACUAUAGUUGGAGGAAUUCUGGUUUAUUAUAAGGGAAGGCAUUGUCCAGUUCCUGCUGGAAAACCUCUUCUUAUUCAAACAAUGGAACUGCCAGAGCCCAGUGAUCCAUACUACUAGCAAUUUCUUGCUCCUUAUUCUUCCAGUGUCACCUCUUGUGGUGUCUCCUAAAAUGUUUACUUGCCAUGAUUUGAUGAAAGGAAAUAAAACAAACACAGACUGAGCUUCCCAUCACUACCUUUAGUAUAAUACCUACAGUAGGUAACUUCCUAAAUAAUUUCCGAGCUUCAUGAACUACCCAGUGUGCUACCCAGUGAGUACGAAAGCUUUCUUGGCCAGCACACUGCAAAAUGCCCUUUCUAAACAAUAAACUGCAUACUGAUUAUU